AUGUGGAUUUCUUCGAUAGCAACUGUUACGGCAUUGGCAGCUGUUGUCAAUGCCCAACUUGAGCAUGCUCUCUCCCCUCCACACUAUCCGUCACCAUGGAUGCGCGGAGGCAAUGGUUGGCAAGAUGCCUAUGCCAAAGCCCAGAUCUUCGUUUCUCAGCUUACCCUGCUCGAAAAGGUCAAUCUUACAACUGGUGUGGGAUGGGAAGGUCAACAGUGCGUAGGAAACACUGGAUCAAUUCCUCGCCUCAAUUUUACUGGACUUUGCCUCCAAGACAGCCCUCUUGGCAUCCGUGAUACGGAUUUCAAUUCUGCCUUUCCUUCGGGAAUGAACACAGCGGCGACAUGGACCACUCGACUCUUUAAAAGCCGAGGCAAUGCAAUGGGAUCAGAACACCGCGACAAGGGCAUCGACGCACAAUUGGGGCCUGUUGCUGGGCCGCUGGGGCGAUCUCCCGCGGGAGGGAGGAACUGGGAAGGCUUCAGCCCUGAUCCAGUCUUGACUGGAGUGGCCAUGGCAGAGACCAUCAAAGGAAUUCAAGAUGCGGGUGUGAUAGCCACGGCGAAACAUUACAUUAUGAAUGAGCAAGAGCAUAAUCGGGAAAACUCAGGCGACAUCCUGGCGUACUCAUCCAAUGUGGAUGACAAGACAAUGCAUGAGCUGUACUUAUGGCCAUUUGCGGAUUCGGUUCGCGCAGGUGUAGGUUCUGUGAUGUGCUCCUACAACAACAUCAACAACAGCUUCGGUUCACAGAACUCAUAUACUCUCAACUACCUGCUCAAGAAUGAAUUAGACUUUCAAGGGUUCGUUGUGAGUGAUUGGUGGGCACAACAUUCCGGCGUAUCUUCUGUUUUCGCGGGCUUAGAUAUGACCAUGGCAGGAGAUCAGGGUCUUGCAUCUGGAAAUGCUUAUUGGGGGUCGAAUCUUACAGCUGCAGUCCUAAAUGGCACAAUUCCUCAAUGGAGGCUUGAUGACAUGGUCGUCAGAAUUAUGUCCGCAUACUACAAAGUUGGCCGGGACACUGCAAGAGUGCCCAUCAAUUUCAAUUCGUGGUCUUUGAACACCACAGGAUACAUUCACCCACUGGCGAGUGAGGGGUUUCAAAUAAUCAAUGAACACGUCAAUGUUCAAGGCGACCAUGCAAACCUCAUUCGAGAAAUUGGUGGCGCGUCGACGGUUCUUCUAAAGAACACGAACAACGCUCUUCCACUCAAGAGACCAAGUAGCAUUGCGGUUAUUGGAGAAGAUGCUCAUGAUAACCCCGGAGGUAUUAACUCAUGCUCGGAUCGCGGCUGUGAUCAAGGAACUUUAGCAAUGGGAUGGGGUUCUGGGACGGCAAACUUCCCAUACUUGAUUGCACCGGUCACCGCACUUUCAGCAAGAGCUGCCAGAGAUCAGACGACAUUUACCAACGUUAGCGAUAACUACGACUUUGAUGCGGUAACAAAGGCUGUUACUGGCACUGAUGCAGCAAUAGUCUUCGGAAACGCUGACUCUGGAGAGGCUUACAUCACGGUAGACGGCAACGCAGGUGACAGGAACAAUUUGACACUGUGGGGAAAUGCUGAUGCACUUAUCGCCCACGUCGCAUCGAUCCACCCCAACACAAUUGUUGUCCUUCACACAGUUGGUGCAGUCAUCGUAGAAGAGUUUAAGAACCACCCCAAUAUCACUGCCCUUCUGUGGGCAGGUAUUCCAGGUCAAGAAUCCGGAAAUGCUAUCACCGACAUCCUCUAUGGUGAUCGUGUGCCUUCGGCCAAGAGCGUGUUUACUUGGGGAAAGCAGCGCGAGGAUUGGGGCACAGAUGUUGUCUACACACCCGAGUCAAAUACACCCCAACAGCCAUACAACGAAGGUGUAUUCAUCGACUAUCGCCACUUUGAUGCUGAAAAUAUCGAGCCUUCCUACGAAUUCGGCUUUGGUCUCUCCUAUACCAAUUUCUCUUACUCCGGCCUGAAAAUUGAGAAGCAGAACCCAGGUCCAUAUGAGCCUACAACUGGCCAAACAAGUUCUGCUCCUACUUUCGGAACAAUCAAUCUCAAUGCUACCGAUGCGUCAUUUCCACCAGGGUUCCACGCGGUCCCUCUAUACAUAUACCCUUACAUCAACUUCACGAUCCCCAGGAACCAAACCUUGGACUUACCUGCUGGCGUAUCAGAUAGCUCGCCCCAACCGAAACUACCUGCUGGAGGAUCAGGAGGUGGUAACCGUCAACUUUGGGAUGUUAUGUACAUUGUCUCAGCCACUGUCACAAAUACUGGCCUUGUGAAAGGGACGGAGAUCCCACAGCUUUACAUAUCUCUUGGUGGCCCCUCAGACCCCAAAAUCGUGCUCCGAGGUUUCGAUGAUCUGAUCCUCGAUCCAUAUGAAUCAGAAACCUUCACGUACCAGGUUACAAGGAGAGAUAUUUCGAACUGGGAUACAACAACUCAGAAUUGGGUUGUUAGUGACUCUCCGAAGACGGUGUACGUGGGCAGUAGUUCGAGGAAUCUGCCAUUGCAGGGUGGUUUGCAAUAG